CCCACGCCUCCCCUGCCGCGCUAACCACCCCCACCGCGGCGACGCAUCAUCAUCCACUCUCAAUACCCACCUCAGCUCAGCUCAUUCCUCCCAGGCUAUCACCACCUGACCUGAUCACACGCCCCGCAAUCGCAUACGACGACGACGAGGAUGCCGCCGAGGCCGUGGCGACCGGUGCUGGCGUCGGCCACCAAGUGCUGCGCGGCGGAGGACGCCGCGGUGGCGCCCGACGGCCUGGCGCGCUGCCGCCCGCAGCAGUCGGAGCUCUCGCGCCGGCUCGCCUCCUUCCGGCGCCUCUCGUCGCUGGCCAACAGCCCGGCCUCUGCCGCCGCGGCGGGCGGCGGCAAGGACGGCGGCGAGGCGGAGGCGGGGGCGGCGGCCGGGGAGAUGGCGGGCCCGCUGCAGCUGCAAGCGUUCGGGCUGGGCGAGCUCCGCGGCGUCACGCACGACUUCUCCGCCAGCUUCCUGCUGGGCGAGGGCGGCUUCGGCGCCGUGUACAAGGGCUUCGUCGACGCCGGCAUGCGCCCGGGCCUCGCCGCGCAGCCCGUCGCCGUCAAGCAGCUCAACGCCGGGGGCUUCCAGGGCCACCGGGAGUGGCUCGCCGAGGUCAUCUUCCUGGGCCAGUUCCGGCACCCGCACCUCGUCAGGCUGCUGGGCUACUGCUGCGAGGACGAGGAGCGCCUGCUCGUCUACGAGUUCAUGCCGCGCGGCAGCCUCGAGAACCACCUCUUCAGGAGGAUCUCGGCGACGCUGCCGUGGGGCACUCGGAUCAAGGUGGCCAUCGGCGCCGCCAAGGGCCUCGCCUUCCUCCACGCCGCCAGCACGUCCGUCAUCUACCGGGACUUCAAGGCCUCCAACAUCCUGCUCGACUCGGACUUCACGGCGAAGCUGUCCGACUUCGGGCUCGCCAAGAUGGGCCCCGAGGGCGAGGACACGCACGUGACGACGCGCGUGAUGGGCACCCACGGCUACGCGGCGCCCGAGUACGUGCAGACAGGCCACCUCAACGUGAAGAGCGACGUGUACAGCUUCGGCGUCGUGCUCCUGGAGCUCCUCACGGGGCGGCGCGCCAUGGAGAGCGUCCGCGGCCGGAGCGCGCACGCGGACCAGCAGGUGAAGCUCGUGGACUGGACCCGGCCCUACCUGAGCGGCGGCAGCCGGCGGCUGCGCUGCAUCAUGGACCAGCGCCUGGCGGGGCACUACUCCGUCAAGGGCGCGCGCGCCGUGGCGCAGCUGGCGGUGCAGUGCACGGCGCCGCAGCCGCGGGACCGGCCGCGCAUGGCCGCCGUGGUGGAGGCGCUGGAGCGGCUGCAGGGGCUCAAGGACAUGGCCGUCAGCGUGGGGCUCUGGCCCGCCGGCGCGCCCGUCGCGGGGAGGAACGCCAUCUCCGCCAAGAUCCGCGCCGAGCUCAAGGGCGCCGGCGCCAACGCCGGGUCGCGCCGGAGGAGCGCCUCCUCCAAGCUGCCAUGACCAAUCAUUAUUCGAUCGCCCAGCUGCGUGCCGCGUCGCCGCCGCCGUCGUGGUGUACCGGAAGUGUGUGUGAUCGAGUCGUAUUGUGUGUGUGUGUGUGUGUGUGUGUGUGUGUGUGUGUGUGUGUGUGUGUGUGUGUGUGUGUGUGUGUGUGUGUGUGUGUGUGUGUGUGUGUGUGUGUGUGUGUGUGUGAAUAGUGAUGAAGAUCGAUGGUGGUGAUGAGUCGAGCGCAAGUACAAGGAGCUAGCUAGCGACUAGUCCAUUUUGUCUAGCUAGAUGCCUCCGCACGAACGAGAUCGUCGGCGAGGCAGAUGAUCGAUCUCCACUGCCUUCGCGUUUCGUGUGCAAUCAAAUCAUGAAGCGAUCGCUA